GGAAACGACAGAAGUCGUCUACAUGCGAGGGCGGAGAGACGGGCAGGAGGUGGUCGGAGCAAGAAGACACCCAGAGAGGAGAGUCGAGGACAAGGGAGAGCAGCUCGGAUGCGAGACGGGAGAGGCGUGGGCCCAGGUGUACGGAGAGAGAAGGACGAGCGAAGCAGAGAGGCCCACCGUCAACGCUGCUGGCGCCAUCCAAGAUGGCGGAGCUCAGGUUCUGACCGUGCGCUCGCAGCGCUAUGAGAGCCCGUGUGGACGGCUAGCGCCCGAUCCCACCGCCACUGCCGCCACCGCCGUUGCUCCGCUCCCAGCUGCUGUCACCAGCACCACCGGCCACCACCUGCGCAACCCACCCCUGCUGCGAUGGAAGAAGCACUCCUCAAUGCCUUGAUGAACGGAGCCCUGCUCGUCGUGUCUGUGGCCAUGCUGGCCGGCCUGUGCAUCCGUUGCGGAGGCCCCUGGAACCGCACUUCCAUCCCUCAAAACCUGCGUGACGGAGACGCGAACGAACAGUACCAGCCGACGCCGGGAUUCCGGGUUGUACGACCAGCACCCACGGUGAUGUACCAGCCGCCCAUCCGCAGCUCAGGGUCUGGACAGUCCUCCAACCAACUGUACGCCACCUCUCCACUGCAGGCGAAUCGUCACUCCUCCUUCACGCCGACGAACGACGGAGAAAGUAUUCCCAGCUACGAGAAUCCUGGCUCCGAUCAAGAUGACUAUGUGAACAAAGACCCGGACGACAACCCGGACGACAACCCGGACAACUACAUAGAGGUGCUGCCGGACUCGGUGCCCAUCGUUUCCGUCAGUCUCUCGCAAAACAGCAUUCUGUCCGUGCAGAGCUCAGGUCACGAGGACUACGUGAACGUUCAGGAUGACAACUCUGACAACAACAGCGAGAACUACAUCAACAUGCCAGACCGCAAUGCCCCUGCCUUAACACCAGGGAUGUCGCACGAAAGCAUCGACAGCGAGGGCAACACCAGCGCCGACUACGUCAACACCAGCGUGUUCAUCGACGUCCCCGCCUCCAUCUGCUGAGACGAGAGCGAGCGAGGGGGGUGGGCCUCGAGCUGCAUGACAGUGUAGGGGUGUGUUUAGGCUUUUCUCGCACAGGCUGCAGGGUGGCAAACGGAGUUGCGUUUGGAACCACAGCAAGAUGCCCUGAGAUACCUUGGAAGGGUCACCACUGAGACCACGUUUCACCGAGAACAAAGCAGCCUUUCCCAAUACAACAGUACAUUUCACAGCUGACACAGAGGCUUCUGGCAACUACCCUUUUUAUUUUUAAAUCACAUGAAUUGCUGACGAGUCCUGAGAAUGUUUUAUGAUUUGUCACUUGAUUAUUACAAUGGGUCAUUUUCACCUUUUUUCUAUUUAAUGUUUAGUACCAUGUCAACAGAACAUUUUUGCUAUAAAUGUAAAUACCCUUGCGCUGAGUCAAAUAACUUUCAAGUUCAGACUGGUUUGAGCCCUUUACCUACAUUACCAGUGCUCCUUUGUAUUUAUGCGAUUAUCAUGUCAUUCCAGGAUUAACAUGUUGCAUACGUAUAUGUUUCAAAAGCACGCGUACAAAGCUGGGAGCUCUGGCUUUGUAUCGCGGGGAGGUGUGUCGAUGACCCCUGAUUGGCUCCGGUCGAAAAGCACACAAGGGUACGAACACUGAACACAGGUUGGGUUUUAGGACUGUUUUGUUAGGAUGUCAUUCGAAUUUUUAAAUAAACAUUUUCAUUGCG